GAUCUGUGACGUCAAGGACAGCGCUUUAGCCGCUAUCGAGAAAGAUGGCGGCGGAGGAGAACAGGUUGAAGCGGCGGAAUCACAAAAACAGCAUCUUCAAAGAAGGUGGCCACAGGUUUGAAUCCGACGCGUCCCCGAUGAGGCGAGAGGAGGAAGACGACCUGCUGGACCAGGAGGGGGUCUGCGGGCCCCGGCCGGUGCAGAUCGUGGUGGCGGACGAGGAGGAGCACUCGUUCUCGCUGCACGAGGAGGCGCUGGAGCGGCUGCUGCUGCAGGAGGAGGUGCAGGACCUCCACGUGGUCGUCGUCUCCGUGGCCGGAGCGUUCCGCAAGGGCAAGUCCUUCCUGCUGGACUUCAUGCUGCGCUUCAUGUACAAACAGUCGGACUCGUGGGUCGGCGGCGAGGAGGAGCCUCUGACCGGCUUCACCUGGCGAGGCGGCUGCGAGAGGGAGACCACGGGCAUCCUGGCCUGGAGCGAGGUGUUCGUGGUGGAGAAACCAGACGGCUGCAAGGUCGCAGUUCUACUAAUCGACACACAGGGGGCGUUUGACAGCCAGUCGACCAUCAAAGACUGCGCCACCCUGUUCGCCCUGAGCACCAUGACCAGCUCUGUUCAGGUGUACAACCUGUCCCAGAACGUCCAGGAAGACGACCUCCAGCACCUCCAGCUCUUCACGGAGUACGGACGACUGGCCAUGGAGGAGGUCUACGAGAAACCCUUUCAGAGUCUGAUGUUCCUGAUCAGAGACUGGAGUUACCCCUACGAGCACCCGUACGGUCUGGAGGGAGGACUCAGCUUCCUGGAGAAGCGGCUGCAGGUGAAGCAGAACCAACACGAGGAGCUGCAGAACGUCAGGAAGCACAUCCACUCGUGCUUCUCGAACAUCGGUUGCUUCCUGCUGCCUCACCCCGGCCUCAAGGUGGCCACCAACCCUCACUUUGACGGGCGGCUCAGAGAUAUCGAUGAGGAGUUUACGAAGGAGCUGGUGAACCUCGUUCCCACGCUGCUCUCGCCAGAGAACCUGGUGGAGAAGGAGAUCGGAGGAGUCAAGAUCACCUGCAGAGAGCUGCUGCACUACUUCAAAGCUUACAUGAAGAUCUACCAGGGAGAGGAGCUUCCUCACCCCAAGUCAAUGCUGCAGGCAACAGCUGAAGCCAAUAAUCUUGCAGCUGUGGCGGGCGCCAAAGACUUGUACAACAAAAGCAUGGAGCAGGUCUGCGGCGGAGACAAACCCUACACCUCCCCGGCGGAGCUGGAGCGCCGUCACGCGGAGCUGCGGCAGGCGGCGGUGCGACAGUUCCGCUCCGUGAAGAAGAUGGGCGGCGAGGAUUUCUGCCGUCGCUACCAGGAGCAGCUGGAGGCGGAGCUGGACGCGGCCUACGCCAACUUCGGCAAGCACAACGACGGCAAGAACAUCUUCUUCGCCGCGCGGACGCCCGCCACGCUGUUCGCCGUCAUGUUCGUCAUGUACGUGGUGUCCAUGGUCACGGGCUUCCUGGGCGUCAACUCUGUGGCCACGCUGUGUAACCUGGUGAUGGGCGUGGCGCUGACGGCGCUCUGCGUCUGGGCCUACGCCAAGUACUCGGGAGAGUUCCGCGAAGUCGGAGGAAUCAUCGACCGGGUGGCUGAAACCCUCUGGGAACAGGUUUUCUCCAAACUCUUCGAAGUGGCCCGGAGUCGAGUUCCGUUGGGAAGCCUGAUCCCGGCGCCGCGGCCUCGGCUCGCCUCCAACAACAACGUCAAGAAGAAAAACUAGCGUCGCGCCAUCUCGUUUAUCCCCCCCCCCCCCACCCAACCCCCCACCCUCACUCACUCUCCACUCGGUUUUUGAAACAACGUUUUUUUUAUUCUUUAGGACGCCGUGAGCCGUGUAAAAAGAGUUCUUUGUUCUCGGACCGCAGAUGAAGGUUCUUCACCGUGCUGGCUGUAGGUUUCAGGGCGAAGCAGUGUGAUGUAUUUUUAUUAUUUUGUCAGUGGGCGGGGUUAAGGUAUUUAUUGGCGGUAGGAGCCAUUGUUCAAUCACAAGAGUGUCAUCCCAAGUGUGUGUGUGUGUGUGUGUGUGUGAGAUGUAAACGAUUCCCAUUUUAUGUGAACGUAUGAAUGAAGAGCAUGACCACAGACCCUCCCUCACGGUUCCCCCUCCUGUCGUUUCUGUCGCUGGGCGGCGUCACGAGGAGGCGUCACGACCAAAGUUUACAGCUUUACUCGUAGGAGGCUCUCGGACUGACGAACGGGCAGCAAGCUGACGCAGCGAUUUUAAGACUUUUUAAAAAAUAAAUGUAAAAAAAAAAAAAACGGUUCGGUUUCGGGGGAAAUUUUACAGUUUUUUUGUUUUUUUCUAACUUACCCAGAAUAACAAACUGGUGGAUGUUCAUCUCCAUUAUUGUGCAGGCUGAGAGAGUGUUGAACAGUUAGACUGGUCUAGUGUCUCCACUCUAAAGUAGACACGCCUCCAGGUGUGAGGACGCCUUCAACUCUUUAAAACGACCAACGGGAAGUCAUCGAGCAAGAUUAAUGUUCUCUAAGCAGUAACGAGUGAUGCUAAGCUAACGUUAGCCCCGUGAGCUUUCCACCGUACCCCAGUCUUUUAUCAGCCAAUGGGGCUCGUGACCUCAGUGGAGGACAUCGGAUCACGUGGGACACAGUGGAAACCUCACAGGGCUAACGUUUAGCUUAGCAUCACUCGUUACCGUCGUCUGGUUUAAAGCGGAGAACUGAGAUUUUUAAAUACGAAACGACAGAAAUGACAUGCGUGAAUUUGCUCAAAUAUAACUUUUAAACGUUUUUUUUCUUUUUCUCUCUACAUCUUAUACAAACAAUAUUUAUAAAAAUAAAAAUUAGAAAACAAAACUGGUCGUAACCGGUCGUCCGUGAGUUUGUCUUGAUUCUGUGAAAGUAGGACUGUAAGUAAAAUAAGCUAAACUUCCCCCCAAAACCAGCGGAACCUUCGAAGUAGCUAAAUGUUGACGUGAUUAUCUCAUCUCGAUUUAAUCGUUAUUUUCAGUGAUGACAUGAAUCAAAAGUUUCAGUAUUAAAAAGCUCUUUUUAUUUUCUUUUUUUUUCUUUCUAGUUUACCUUUUUUUAAAGUUCCAUGUUUCAGGGAGUCGGGACGAUUAGGAACUAUUUCUUGACGAUUAGGAACUAUUUCUUGGCGGUUUUAUCUUUCCUCCCAACUUUGUACUUUAAUUUAUAUUGAUCUCUGAUCGCCAUAAAACAGGAAGUAGAUACUAUGAACUUCUUUAAUGAUCUCUGGAUAUCAUGCUAACCUGGUAGUUCACUACGACUAUGACUACUAUGAUGAUGAUGAUGAUGAUGAUGAUGGUCUGACUGCCAGCGUUUCAGAGAGUAAAGCUUUUUAAAUGUCCAGUCCGAAGACCUUUUUCUUUUUCUUUUUUUUUUUUUUUCUAGAUAUUUAAUUGUGUUAUUUAAAUUGAGUGUCAUUCCUCUGAAGGACCGAACCACCUCAUCUUGUUUUUAAAGCACCAUGAAGCCAUUUAGUAAAACACUAAUAAAUUCAUUGCCCCACAUUUUAAUAUGAACACACUUUUUAAAGCUGAAAUCCGUGACUCGGAUGAAUGAAAAGGGUCGUUCCAAACAACUGCAUUGUCCUAUUUUCUUUAAUUUUAAACGCCAUUCCAUCCACUACACAACGUCGCCACCGUGUGCUUUUUUUUUUCUUUUUUUUGUUGUACAGUUCAGUUUUUUACAGCCUCAUCCACACAUAGGGCAUGUGUAUGAAAUGUAUACAUAUAUAAAUAUAAAUUUUCUAGACCUUUUUGUAGCUGGAAAGAACAACGGUUUGGGUGGUAGACCAGAUUCAGCUCACUGGAUGUAAAGGAAUGCUUUCGUGAUUUGUGGAUAUGUCUAAUAAAUUCCUUUUUUUUUAAUAUAUAUAUAUUUGUAAAUUAAUCUUACAUGAGCACUGCGAUUCCACCCCCUGCUGGCAAAAGAAUGUUUAUAAUCGGGAUUUUUUUUUUUUUUGUCUUCUGUUGCUUUUCAAAGUUAUUUUCGUUAAUUUAUUUUUCAAUACAAUAUUAAACCAAACUCCUACAACACAAAGAGCGGUGUCGUCCCAUUUUUAAAAAAAAAAAUGUUUUGGGUGUAGUUUAGUUUUCUGGAAGGAUAUUUUUAGACCCUACAGAGGGCGCUGUUCACUGUUUACAGGAUGAUAAGCUUAAUAAACUAACGUGUCAUUGUUUGGGUUAGCGCUCGUGUUUUAUCACUUGUUUGUGUUUAAGUAAAACAUUUUUUGGUUUAUAGUCAAACAAUGACUCGAUGCAUUUUAGAAUUAAAGUUGUUUUUAAGAGGAAGUGCUCGAUUCAGCAAUAAAGCUCUUUUAACGUCGCUCCACAACAUGGAACUAAGACGCGUGACUAUAUGUUUGUAUUCAUUUUGUUUUCAGAUACAAUUUAUUGUCAACAGGUUAGAUAAAUUUGGAAUUGGAACAAAAUGUCUUGAGUCACUCGUCCACCGGCUGGUGAACAAAAACAAGUAUUAUAAAUAAGUGAUAAACAGAAAAUGAGUAGAAAAGGUAAAAAAAAGAAAAAUACACAAUAACUGAAUAUACAUAUACAUAUAUGUACAGAGUUAUGUUCUGUAACUGCUGGAUGUACAAAUGUAGUUAAACAUAUCAACUUGAAAGGUGACAAUGCUGAAAACAAGCGCCCACAAGGCCUCAGUCCGUCUGCUUUCAGACGCAUCUCGCGACUUCUUGUUUCCAUGACGACUGAGCAGAGAACGAU